GAAAAUCGGCCAAGUUUUACCAGACGAUCAAAAAAGUGGAAAAUCGACCAAAACUUUAGAAAAACGAUAAAAACGAGAAAAAAAAUGGCAGGAAGAGGUUCCCACGACAGAUAUGGAGGGGAUAGGCCGCGCAAGCCUUUGCCAACGGAACCCCCGUUCCUUGCUUACGUCGGCAAUCUUCCCAAUGGCGUUGUACAAGGGGACAUCAACGACAUCUUUAAGGAUUACGCCGUGAGAAGUGUGCGGCUGGUGAAGGACAAGGAUACGGACAUGUUUAAAGGCUUCUGUUACGUCGAAUUUGAAACGGUCGAAGAUUUGCAGGACGUCCUGGAACUGGAUGGAUUGAUUGUAUUGAAUGAUCGACCGGAACCGCUCAGGAUCGACGUAGCCGAACAAAAGAAAAAUGAUCGUGGCGGUUUCAAGCGUGGUGGCCAACAGAACCGUGGUGGACCAGGAGGCGGUGGUGGUGGUACCGGUGGCGGAUUCAAUCGCGGGGGCCCGAACCAUUCCAAUAACCGACCCCCUGCUGAAAGAUCAUAUGGUAAUGACAAUUAUGGAAGAAAUGAUUACGACAGAAAUCGUGCUGGACGUUCCAAUAAUAACUACAACGGUGAUCGAGAACCGAAUCGAGGGAGGUACGGUAACUUUGGGGACGAGCGGGAUGGUGGAGGUCGUGACGAUUGGAAUCGCGACCAUGGCGAUCGUGAUGGUCGCGGCGGAGGAGGUCGCUACAAUGAUCGCGAUGGCGGUCAUUACGGUGCUGGUGCAGGCCGUGGCGGUGCCGAAGAUAAUAGAUUUGGCAACUACGGUCGCAACAACCAGUACCGAGAUAACGAUCGGAGAAAAGAUGCCGCCCCGCAUUACACACCGUCCCCGAACCCAAAUCUCAACAUGGAGGAACGGCCCCGACUGAAGCUGGCACCGCGAUCGGUUAAUGCACCGUUGAAUGCGCUGGCAGAAACCAAGCAGGCGGCAGCUAUCUUCGGUAAUGCGCGACCUCGUGAAGAGAAGAUUGGUGAACUGGCGCGAAAGCAUGCCAACAGCGUUGGCAGUGAAGGAAGCGCCGACGGUGCGGCUGGUGGAAGCAGCAGAGGUGGCUCUAAUAGUAAGGCAUCUUCUGUAACAGGCGGGGACAACUGAAUACAGAGAAGUAAAAAUGAAAACCAACAGACGCGAAUGCCGGUCGUCAACGAGAAAAGGCAAAAAUCACCAGAAAGAAGGAACGAGAGACAGAGAGAGAAAGAGAAAGAGAGAGAGAGAGAGAGAGAGAGAAAGAGAGAGAGAGAAAAUGAAUGAAUGAAAAGAUAGAGACCAGCCAACACACAAACAUGAGACAAACUUUUGAAUGUUCAAAAUCCGGCAUAAACGCAAAAAAUCCUUCAUCUUCUCACGUACGCUAGAAAAAAUGAAACGAUUAUACCACAUACAAGUGUUAUGAUAAUAGGAUGAUUGCUUUCGUUCUUUUUUUUUUAAUAAGUUCAAGUUAAAGUGCAUGUCCCCGAAAGCUUUCCCCUAACCCUAACGUGGAUGGCAUAACCUUUAGAAAUAGGAUUUUGUCACUGUUUACAUGCAGAAAUUCAGGACAUCUACAUCUUACUGCUACGAAUGCUCCUAUAUUAUCCCAUGUAAACAGUUCUAGGAACGUAUUUCCAUCCUUCGAGACACACAAGUUGGAUGGUUCUUCGAUUUAUUUCUUGUUCUACUUCAAUAUCAUUUGUCCAAGCUUCUUUACACAUAUUAUCAUUGUUGUGUAUGUUUACAAUGUAUGUUCGUCAAUAGUCGAUAGGCCAACGCAAUUCUAUUGUAUGCGUUUUUCGGUCGAUCGAUUCGGUACGGUUCGAUCGCAAUUGAUGAAUACAUAUUGAUCCUUUAAUCGGUCGGUUUUUGGUUCCAAAUUCUCUUUUCAGUUUAAUUAUGCAGUUAAUAAAGAAUGAGUUACAGUGAA